AUGGCCGACCGCUUGGCCAACUUCGAGUGGUCUCACCUGCCUGCACGCUUCGGCCAGAGGGUGGCCUUAGAUGCCCUAGGCUCAUUGUGGGCGUGCACCUAUUCUGGAACCCUCACUGGCGAAGCAUCGCAAUGGAUCCGUUCCUCCUUGUCACGCCUGGGAGGUCAGUUGGACGGAGGUCCGUCAGCCCACGGGUGCCGGGCCCCCGCGGCGGUCCCCGAAGACCUCCACGUCACGGCGCCGCACAUCGUGAUGGAUACAGGGGACAGAGUGGUGCUCUUCAAACCGCCAGAUUGGGAGGUGCACGAUGCCAAUGCCGAGCUGCAGCUGGCCAGCUUCAUGGAGGCCAUGUUCGGGAAGCUGCCCAUCCUCAGAGAUGAAGCGCAUGAACACGGCUUCUUGCAUCGCUUGGAUGUGCCAAGUUCGGGCCUCAUUUUGGCCGCCAAGUCCUUUGAGGCCUACUACGACUUGCAGGUGCAGCUGGUGACACGACGAGUUCCACGGGAUUACUUGGUGCUUUGUCAUGGUUGGAUGGAGGCACAUUUGAGUGAAAUCACCGCACAGGCCCGGCGCGCGUCGAUCCCGAUCCGCGCGCCGUCUUGGACCGCCGGUCGGCCGAGGUGGUCAUCGAAGAUGGCGGUCGCACCGUGUCGGGCGGUCGAGGCAAACCAACGCUGA